GGCCAUGUGGAAGAUGUUGAGGGCAUGAACUUGGAAAAGUGCGAUCGAUUUGGAGCAGACUACAGAAUAGGCAACCAUGAGUUUGCAAUGGGCGAUAGUCACUAUCAGCUUCGCCAUAAGUUGUGCGAUGAGGGAGUGAUGGACCACGCAACAUUGGAUUUAACCUUGAAUGAGUCGUUUCAUGGAGGCGGUCGAGACUUCAAUUCGAUUACCGAAAGUGACGCGACUGGCAAUCACCACAACGGUUCCCCCAAUUCUCAGGACAAAAGCCAGUAUCUUACCACUGCUAAU